AUGGUGAGUUUGCUCCCUCCUGGGAAUCCGUUUGUCGCAGGCCGUGUCUUUGAUUUCGGCCAAGUCCAGGGUACGCCACGCGCAGCUCCCGCAGGGCAGGUCAGGCAUGUGUCCUUGCCAUAUGCUCCUUUGGGUGCCCCCACCUACCCCCAGUUCGCGCAGCCGGUCCGUGUAGCGGCACCACACACCAUCCCUCCUGGCGCGGUGUAUUCGCCGGUCGUGACCCACCGGACGGUGUACGCAGCAGCGACACCGUCACUGCACAGUCAUGUGGUGAGUCCCAUGUCCAGCCCCAUGCUGGGAUACCGUCCGGUUGCUGAAACUGGAAUGCCGCGGGUCCUCGACGGCAUUGGCACGCCAGGAGGCUUCACGCGGCUGCGAAGCCUCAGCCAAGAUCGUGUACGGGUCGACGUUUUGGAGAGAACGUCUUCCCCCAAGGCCAUGAAGACACAGGAGAGGUCAGUGCCGACCGCCAUCAUCAGUCCGACGAGCACCCGAAGCCUCAAAGAUGCUCAGCCCUCAGGUGCUCGCAGCGGCACUCCAACCCACUUGGCCCGCAGUGCCUCGAAAGAGCUUCGCAUCAUGGAGGAGGAUCGUAAGAUCGUUGAUAGCCCGAAGCUGGAAAGGCGGGAGAGGGUGGUCCCUCAACCCAUCAGCCCACAGUCGUCCAGAGCCUCCAUGGGCAUGCGAAGCGCUUCGUGGAGGGCAUCUACGCCGGAAUCGUCGCCAAAGAGUUCCAUGCGAAUCCCUUCCAAGGGGAGGCAUGACAGCUACCAGAAGUCACUGCAGGCUCACGGGCCUUGGGACAACCGGAACGCGCCUGGGAAUGACUUCAACUCCUCACUGCGUGAUCGAGUGUUGCCCCUGAAUUCUGGCCGCUCGAGGCCCUUGAGCAGAUCUCUGUCCCGCAGCUCAUGGCGAGAUCUGGGCCUGGGCGAAGAUGAGACCCAUGCCGGCCACCGACUCUCUCGCGCGCACACUGUGAGAUGCCUAGGAUUUCCGGAACUUGGUUCGGGUAAGUGA